UGCAUUUCAGGGCCUAGGAGUUGUGGAAGCAUGGCUAGACAUCUCGCCUUGUGUUUCAUCUUGCUAAUCAUACUGAUUGACAAGAAUGAAGCCUGUUUCUGUGACCACUACCCAUGGACUCACUGGUCCAGCUGUUCUAAAUCCUGCAACUCUGGAACCCAGAGCAGACAGAGACAAAUAAUAAUGAAUGGAUACUAUUGGGAGAACUAUUGUGAUCAGCUUUGUAGCAAGCAGGAGACCAGAGAGUGCAAUGUACAGACAUGUCCCAUCAACUGCAUCCUAGGAGACUAUGGGCCAUGGUCAGAUUGUGACCCUUGUAUUGAAAAACAGGUUAAAGUUAGAUCUAUGCUGCGCCCGAGUCAGUUUGGGGGACAAGAAUGCACGGAGCCCCUGGUAACAUUUCAACCAUGCAUUCCAUCCAAGCUCUGCAAAAUCGAAGAGGCUGACUGCAGAGAUAAAUUCCUCUGUGACAGUGGGCGCUGCAUUCCCAGCAAGUUAGAAUGCAAUGGAGAAAACGACUGUGGAGAUAAUUCAGAUGAAAGGGACUGUGGGAUAACAAAGCCAGUAUGUUCGCGGACAUACAUUCCCAUCCCUGGUGUGCAGCUGAUGGGCACUGGGUUUCAUUUUCUGGCAGGGGAGCGCAGAGGGGAAGUCCUUGAUAAAUCUUUCACUGGAGGAAUAUGUAAAACUGUCAGAAGCAGCCGAGCAAAUAAUCCAUACCGUGUUCCAGCCAACCUGGAAAACGUCAACUUCGAGGUACAAACUGUAGAAGAUGACUUGAAAACAGAUUUCUACAAAGAUUUAAUAACUCUUGGAAAUAAUAAAAAUAAAGCCACUUUGUCAUCGGGUGGACAGAAACAGUCUUUUCAUGUGCCAAUUUUUUAUUCCUCAAAGAAAACGGAGAGAUUCCAACAUUACUCAGCCUUCAAAAAAGCCGUUCAAGCCUCCCACAAAAAGGAUUCUAGCUUUGUUAGGAUCCAUAAAGUGAUAAAAGUCCUAAACUUCACAAUGAAAACGACAGACCUGCAGCUUUCAGACGUUUUUCUGAAAGCCCUUAACCAUCUGCCUUUAGAAUACAACUAUGCUUUGUACAGCCGAAUAUUUGACGACUUCGGGACCCACUACUUCACCUCCGGCUCUCUGGGGGGCAAGUAUGACCUUCUCUAUCAAUUCAGCCGCCAAGAGCUACAGAACUCAGGUUUAACAGAAGAAGAAACCCGACAUUGUGUCCAGUAUGAAACAAAAACACGCUACUUCAUUUUCACAAAAACAUACAAGGAGAACCGAUGCACCAUGAAUAAGCUGUCUGAAAAAUAUGAAGGUUCCUUCUUGCAGGGAGCAGAGACAUCCAUCUCGCUGGUCCAGGGCGGGAGGAGUGAGUAUGCAGCAGCCUUGGCAUGGGAGAAGGGGACUGCAGGUCCAGAGCAGCGAGUCUUUUCUGAGUGGUUAGAGUCCGUGAAGGAGAACCCGGAGGUGAUUGACUUUGAGCUUGCCCCGAUCAUGGACUUGGUCAGGAACAUCCCGUGUGCAGUAACAAAACGGAAUAACCUCAGGAAAGCAUUUCAAGAGUAUGCAGCCAAGUUUGACCCUUGCCAGUGUGCUCCAUGUCCUAACAAUGGCCGCCCCAGGCUCGCGGGCAUGGAAUGUUUGUGUGUGUGUCAGAGCGGUACCUACGGGAAAAACUGUGAGAGGCGGUCUCCGGAUUACAAGUCUGAUGCAGUGGAUGGAAACUGGGGCUGCUGGUCCUCCUGGAGCGCGUGUAAUGCUGCUUAUAGGAGAUCAAGAACCCGGGAGUGUAAUAACCCCUCCCCCCAGCGAGGAGGGCAGCGCUGUGAGGGCAAGCAUCAGCAAGAAGAAGACUGUACAUUCUCAAUAAUGAAAAACGAUGGACAGCCAUGUAUCAGUGACAAUGAGGAAAUAAAAGAAACGGACCUUGCUGAGAUAGAAGCAGAUUCAGGGUGUCCUCGGCCAGAUCUCCCAGAAAAUGGAUUUAUCUGGAAUCAAAAGAAACUGUACUCCAUUGGGGAGGAUGUUGAAAUUUCAUGUCUUACUGGAUUCAAAGCUGUGGGAUACCAGUACUUCAGAUGCUUACCAGACAGAACCUGGAGGCGAGGAGACGUCGAAUGCCAACGGACCGAGUGCCUCAAGCCUGUUGUUCAGGAUGUCCUGACCAUAUCCCCAUUUCAGAGAGUGUAUAAGAUUGGUGAAUCCAUUGAGCUGGCCUGCCCCAGAGGCUUUGUUGUUGCUGGACCAACAAGAUACACCUGCGAGGGAGACUCCUGGACGCCUCCUAUUUCAAGUUCCUUGACCUGUGAAAAAGAUAUUCUAACAAAAUCAAAAGGUUUUUGUCAACCAGGACAAAAGCAAUCAGGAUCCAAGUGCAUUUGUAUGUCUCCAGAAGAAGACUGUAGUGAUUACUCAGAAGAUCUCUGUAUAUUUGAUGUGGGAUCCAGCCAGUACUCCACUUCAUCUGCUUGCAAAUUUUUGGCUGAAAAAUGUUUGAACAACAACCAGUUCCACUUUGUACAUACUGGUUCCUGCCAAGAAGGCCCACAGUUAGAAUGGGGUCUCGAGAGGCUGAAGCUUGCAUUGAAUAGCACACAGAGGGUGGCCUGUGGCUAUAACACCUGCUAUGACUGGGAAAAAUGUUCAGCCCACACUUCCAACUGUGUCUGCCUGUUGCCCACACAGUGCUCCAAGGAUGAAAAUCAACUCUAUUGUGUCAAAAUGGGAUCUUCAACACGUGGGAAAACAGUAAACAUCUGCACAGUGGGAGCCGUGAGGUGUGCAAACAGAAAGGUGGAAAUACUGAACCCUGGGAGGUGUUUGGAUUAGCAUAGUUACUGGAAAAUGAAUUUACUAUUUAAAAGCAAUGCCUUCAAAAGCAGGAAAGGGCACGAAGACAGGAGGUGAGAAAAGUGAAUGGAU